ACUACAUAUCCAUGUUUCGAAAAGCAAGCAAACAUCUAAGUUUAGUUAGAAGAAACCUAUAUCAUCCCACACGCACAUGCCAUUUUUUCAUCAUGGACGAGUUAAUCCAAAAAGCAAUCAAAGAAACACAAGAAUCCGUCAAACCAAUGGAUUCCGUGAAGUGGAAGCCGGAUGAGCCGCACCCGCAGUCGUACUUCGCAUAUGAUAGCGACAAGCAGGCAUGGCAGCCCAUGGAAGCUUCGGGAAAUACGCAAAAUGAAUCUGGAUUUGGUAUCACACAGCUCGCUUUGUAUAGCUGGAAUGUCGACUUCAUGCUACCGCUGGCUAAGGAACGCAUGGACAUCGCAUUGGCGCACCUCGAGGGUCUUACUAGUAAACUACCACCUACAACCGCCGCUGUUAUCUAUUUGCAAGAAAGUAUCGCACAGGACCUUACGACGGUAGGAGAGAAACCGUGGAUUCGGGAAAAGUAUUACGUGACGGAUAUCGAUGACUCGAAUUGGGCGGCUAGAUACGGGACCACGACGCUAGUGGACCGACGUUUGGAUAUCACGAACUGCUUCCGCGUGCACUACGCCAAGACCCGUAUGCAGCGCGAUGCGUUCUUCGUCGAUAUAGUGCUUGGUGGUGGUAAGACGGUUAGGCUGUGCAAUACGCAUCUCGAGUCCCUAGCUUUCGAGCCGCCGUUUCGUCCCCCGCAGAUGCAGGUCGUGGUUAAGUAUAUGCAUGAUGAGAAUGUCUUUGGCGCGGUGGCGGCGGGGGAUUUUAAUGCUAUACAGCCGUUUGAUCGGACGCUGCAUGAGGAUAAUGGGCUGAAAGAUGCGUAUUUGGAACUUGGUGGCAAGGAAGAUAGUGAGGAGGGGUAUACUUGGGGUCAGCAGGCUACGACGACGUUGAGGGAGAGGUUUGGGUGUUCUAGGAUGGAUAAGGUGUACUUCGCGGGACGGGUGAAGUUAUUGAGUUUUGAGCGGUUUGGUAGGGAUGUUGAGUUGAGUGAUCCGGCUCAGAGAGAGCGGGUUGUGAGUUUGGGCUUUGAGAAGCCGUGGAUUACGGAUCAUUUGGGAGUUGUGGCGCAUUUUCGAGUCGAGGAUCCCUAGGUGUGGUACUCUUAUAACCUCGAGCCUACUUUUGUGCAUAUCAAAUAGAAAUAAAAUAUAAAAUAAAAUAAAUCUAAGCAAAUAGUG